AUGUCCUGGCGUUCCACCGGACACACAAACAGCGAACUAAUCAACAACCUGUCUCGCAACGGGCUGCUGACGUCGCGCGCGCUGGCAGCGGCCAUGCUCGCCACCGACCGCGCACACUUCUGUCCGCACGCGCCCUACGCCGACGCCCCGCAGCGCAUCGGAUACGACGCUACUAUCUCCGCGCCGCAUAUGCAUGUUUAUGCGCUGGAGGCGCUGUUGCCUUACAUAACUGGCGAGAGAAGGGGGAAGGUGGGGGAAAAGGAGGGCAGGGGAGUGAGGGUCCUCGACGUCGGCUGCGGCAGCGGGUAUCUUCUUGCUGUGAUCGGACAUCUUCUCCCCCCGGGCGGCAAAGUAAUCGGCAUCGAGCACAUCCCGCAACUAACCUCUUUGGCAACCUCAAACCUGCGGCGCUCCCCCGCAACCGCCGCAAUGCUGUCGGACGGGCGGAUCCAGGCCGUGACCGCCGACGGCCGCCAGGGCUAUGCGCCCGAGGCCCCGUACGAUGCUAUUCAUGUCGGCGCUGCGGCGGAUGGGUGGGGCGUUGUGGACACGCUGGUCAAUCAGCUGGGGAGGGGCGGGAGGUUGUUUAUUCCUGUUUGUGAUGGGGAUGGGGGCGAGGGCGAGGGGGGAGGCACUGCGGGGCAGUGGGUUUGGGAGGUGGAUAAGGAUGAAGAGGGAAAGGUCACAAAAAAGAAGAGUCAUGGUGUUAUGUAUGUUCCGUUGACGGAUCGGAAGGAGUUUUCUUAG